AUGGGUUUUGUCGGAUCGCUUGUUCGCUUCACUGGCAAAACUGCUGUCUUCGGUGCUAAAGUCGGCCUUUUUGUUGGAAGUGUUCAGCUUACUUCUGAGCUUGGUGUCUGGGGCAGAGACCCACAGCUUGCAAAGAAGCGAAUCCAGACGUUUUUCGGCUGCGAGAACAUGACAAAGUGCCCUAUUAUGCGAUGCGAGGGAGAAUGCCCAGUUCUGAAAGUUCUUUCUUAA